AUGGAGAUCGCUGGCCUCGCCAUCGGCGCUGCUGGGCUCGUCACCCUCGUCGAUUCGUGUAAGCGCCUGAUGAGAAAGAUCGAUUCUUACCGACAUGUCACAUCGGAAGCUCACCCGAUUCUGGUCGAGUUCUUUGCCUGGAAUCAUCUGUUCGACCGUUGGCUUCAGCACGUAACUGUUCACGAAGGUUUUCUUCAAACCGCUUCCGGAGAUCGGGUGGACGAAACAACAGCUGAUGUGGCUCGAAACCUGAUAUCCUGCAUCGAGGAUUCGCUGAAAUCCAUCGAAGUUGUCGUUUCAGACUUCAACAAGCCGGCCGGCCUUUCCACCAAGGCAAAGGUUCAGUGGGCAUACUCGAAGAGAGAGAAGGCAGUCAAAGGAGUGCAAGAGCUCUUCCGCUUCGUCCAGGAGCUUCAUCUCGUGCUUCCUGUAAGCGGGACGAGCGGGGAUGCGUCAUCUUCAGCACACGGCCUGUCUGAUGAGGUCGUGGCACGCCUGGACAAGCUUCGCGAAAGAUAUCGAGCUGAUGAUCGCAGAAACAUCCACCAAUGGCUUGGCGCGAAAAGCACAGAGUCCUACUACGAAGAGAGGCUACGCGACCGAAAAGACGGGACCUGUUCUUGGAUCUUCCGUCACCCGGACUUGGUGUCAUGGAUUUCCCCCGAGUUUCCCGACGAUCUUGCCAAAGUCCUUUGGAUACAUGCACCUGCAGGAUUUGGCAAAACUGUCUUGUGCGCCACCAUUGUCGAGUCACUCAAGAUGACUGCCCCUCAUACAACGGCUUUGUACUUCUUUUCCGACCGUGAAGACGACACUUACGCCAUCCUACGGUCGUGGAUCUCUCAAAUCGUCUACCAGCAUGACGACGCCAUGCAGAUAGUGGCCGACAACCCGCGCCUUACAUCGACACCAACGGCUACACAUUCCGAUCUGGAAGAAGUAUUCCGCUCCAUCGCACAGUCGAACUUGAGCUUCACAUUUGUGGUGGAUGGCUUAGACGAGUGCGAGGACCCCAAUCAACCCGACAUUAUCGAUACAAACCGCAGCCGAUUCGUGGGGGCGUUGCGAGCUCUCAUUUCCGGCACCAAAACACGGGCCAUGAUCGUCAGCCGCCCUUUCCUGGACAUUCGCUCGUCAAUUCAUCCAGAAAGGACCAGUGACCGGCUAGCCAUCUUUGAAAUCCCCGUUUCAGCAGAUGACGUUGAUGAUGACCUGAAGGCAUUUUCCAGAGCAAUAGUUGACAGGAGGCUCUCUAAUCAACCAAAGGCUUCGCGAGAGGGCUUGGCAGUCCAAAUGGCAGAGCGAGCGAGCGGUAUGUUUCUGUGGGUCAAGUUGCUCGAGAGCAGGCUACGUCGCAGCAGAAAUCAGAAAAAGCUUCAAGACACCAUACGCGACAUGCCUGAGGGCUUGGACAGUACCUAUAAGAGAAACAUGGAGCGGAUCAAAAGUCAGCAUCCUGUGGACAGAGAUCGCGCACUCCUGAUACUCAUGUGGAUCGUGGUUGGGAGGAGCCCGCCCACCGUCGCCCAAAUUGCCAUUGGCUUCGCCGUUCAAAGAAGUGAGUCGAGCGCCGAUCUCCAGUGCGACGAGCUUCCGGAUCUCAUCGAUCAACAUUACGUUGACGAGGAUAUCAUCGAAACAUGCGCUGGCCUCGUCGAAGUGAACGUGGACAGCCGGAUCCCAUCUCUUCAGCACCGGAGCAUACGUUUUGUUCAUUCGUCAGUACGCGACUAUCUUCGUCAUUUGGCUCCUGGUGAAUCACUCGGUGUACCUUUCUCUGACCACGGUCUUCAACGUGGCCGUCUCUGCGCCAUACUGCUACGAUUCCUCACUUACGAAAGCGCCUGGAAAACGCCUCCUUUUCGCCCAGAAGAUGUCAAAUUGUCACUUUUUCGGGAUUUCGCUACACUUUCGUGGCCGCAGUAUGUCCCUACCUCCGUAUCAACAGAGUUGCGCAUGCUCGUUGAUGCCUUCUUCUCGGUCAGAAAUUACAGGUGGGAGUGCUGGCGAACGGCGUUCGAGAAGAUGACCAUUUCACUAAACGUGUUGUGGAUGCGAGAUUCUGUUUGGGAAGACCGCAAGAAAAACUACUUUACACAUGAUUUCUUGCUUGAGGCAUCCGAAUUUCCGCAAUAUCCAGAGCCGACCGAUGUUCAGGAGAUAGGUGAAAUAGUGCGCGCGCGGGCAGGUGAAGCAUUCAACCCCCCGACGGAUUUAUCAGACUUGUUCGAGAAACUGGAACCCCUCGUUGAAAUUGCUUUCCCUCAUGAUCGAAUCUCAGAAAGCAACAUGCAUGUUCCCGGUACGCGGCUGUACUACGCGGUUCUCACAAGGGACAUUGGGAUAGUGCGGACAACCAUCGACAGUGACCCCGAUUCCGUCAACACACCUGGGGGACUGCAAGGCAGCGCAUUGCAACUGGCAUGCUGGAUGGACAGCCUGGAUAUGGUCGAAGAGCUACUCAACAAAGGAGUAGACGUCAAUCUAGAGUCUGGCUGUAUGGGCUGUGCCCUCAAUGUUGCUGCCUGGAGUGGAAACCAGCAUGUUGUUCAGAUUUUACACAGAUUCGGCGCCAGCUUGCAAGCGCGCGACUCACGUGGCUGGGAUGCACUCUUCCGCGCGGUUACAGGAAGUAACAGCAAGGUUGUUGAGCAGCUACUACAAUACGGGGCGAAGCCAAAUUCUCGGUACGAGUAUCUAUACUCUACCGACAUGACGCCUUUGAUGGCUGCGGCAACUUUCAACGAAGUUGAGAUUUUUGGGCUUCUUCUCGCAAAUGGAGCUGACAUCUCAGCAUGCUCAGGCGAGAAGGAAACUUGUUUGCACUUCGCCGCCGUGAAAGGAUUCGUUGAAAUCGUAGAUGCGAUAAUGAGCGUAGACGAAAGUAAGAAUAUACUUGAUUCUUUCAAUGCCGAUGGAGAUUGUCCACUGUCUCUCGCCAUCUUCCUACACAAGGACACCACCGUUGCUCUUCGGCUGCUUUCCCAUGGCGCAAAAUACGACAUUCCAAAUUCUGAUGGAUGGACGCCUUUGCAUGACGCAAUUGACGAAAACCUGCCCGACGUCGUCCAAGCUAUGCUGACAGUUGGGGUUGGAGACGGCAUAAACGCUCAGGAUCUCGAUGGAUGGACACCCUUGCAUAUCGCGGCGGACAGGGGGAAUGAGAGGCUUUGCGGACAACUUCUAAGUCACGGAGCAGACUCGAAACUGGCCACAAGAGACGGAAGGACGCCGCUGCACAUGGCAGCAUUGGAUGGACAUGUUGAAAUUGCCCGCCAACUACUAGAUCACGGCUCCAUUGUCGACGCGAAAGACGAGUCUGGAAAGACUCCACUACACCUGGCGGCGUCGGAAGCCAACACAGAGAUGAUUGAUUUGCUCGUCCAUUUCCACGCUGAUAUGUCUGCUGUGGAUGCGCAUGACCACACACCAAUAGUCAUGGCAGCUCAUCGCGGGCAGCUCGAAGUAUACAAGAACCUGCUGUCUCACGGUGCGAAUGAAAGGAUGAAUGAAUCCUUACGACAUACUCCACUUCAUUCAGCGGCGGAGGCUGGGAAAUUUGGGAUGGUACAAUACCUGCUUGACCGGGGCUGGGAUGCCAAUCUUCCCGACAUUAAGAAGCAAACAGCUUUGCACAUGGCCGUUCGCUUUGGCCAUAAGGAUAUUUUAGGAAUCUUACUAGAUCGAGGGAGCUGCACAACCACAAUCGAUCAGGACGGCGACACACCCCUACAUUCAGCGGCCUACGAAGGCCAUGCCGACAUCCUCGAACGGGGACCCCCGGAGUACUUCGAAGCUCACGAUGGAGAUGGCAUAAAACCCCUCCAUAUCGCCGCACAGUUCGGAAAAGUAAAUGUGCUCAAGUUGCUUUCGAGCAGGUUUCCGGGCUCUGUCGAUGACCGGACAUUGGACGGGUGGACGCCACUGGCUCUAGCUACCUUGUUUGGCCAUGCAUCUACAAUGGAAGUUCUUCUCGAACACGGCGCAGAUCCGUUUGCUCUAACCCCGGAUGAUGAGACUUUGAUACAAGUCGCCAUAGAUGACGGCCAUGCGGAGGCUGUAAAAGUUUUGCUGAGGGAAAUGCACAAGCAGGUGACAGUAUCGACAAAACUCCCGCCGCUCUCCGAUAUCGACGACUGCGCCGCCGACGACCCCCUCUCCCACCUGAACGAGGCAAACUGUCGCAAGCUUGGAAGAAGUCGAAGUUUGUCGCAGAUCGAGAUACAAGAUUCUAUCACCGACAACACGAUUCCACUGAGUCGAGCUUGUUCAUUCUCGCACAGUGUAUAA